AUGGUGGAAGUGGUGAAGAGAUUCAGUAUGCCCAGUAUGGCCAUGUACGACGGAACAUCAGACCCUGAUGAGCACGUAUCCUUUUACAAGCAGAAGAUGAUGAAAAACUCAAUCCCUAGAGACAUCAGGGAGGCAAUUAGGUGCAAAGGCUUUGGAGCCACCUUAUCAGGAAUGGUUAACCUAUUCAAGAUCCAAUUUACUAGCAGUAAGAAGAUCGAGAAAAAAUCUUCAGAUCUGUACAGAGUUGUGCAAAGGCAUGGAGAAUCCUUGAGGGAUUAUCUUAACAGGUUCAACAGGGAGAAGAUUGGGAUACACAAAUUCGAUGCUCCUAUAACCGUCGAAGCAUUCAGAAGAGGAUUGCUAGACCAAAGCGAGCUCUAUAAGGAACUGACUAAGUACCCCUGCACAACCUUUGAGGAUGUCCAAGCCAAAGCAAUUGCCCAAGUCAGGUUUGAAGAAGAUGUCUACGCAAGAAAGACUCUUGAGCCAAAUCUUUCAGCAAGAAGGAACAAUAGCUCUCCCAGAAGGGAUCAUAGAUUCAAUCCUUAUCGGCGACCCCGCUUUGAAGAAGGAACUAUCAAUGUUGUAGAGGGAGAAUUCACAGAUUGGAGGGAAGAUCCUAAACUCCCCCCUAAAUUGCAUGAAUAUUGUUUCAAUGUUAACCUUGUAGGUGUGAUAAGGACCUUAAACAAAAUGGGAGAUACUGUACAAUGGCCCAGAAAGAGUGAUAUACCAGGAGAGAAGAAAGAUCCGUCAAGGUGGUGUGACUUCUAUUCAGAUAUUGGCCACACUACUAAUGAAUGUGUGGCGCUCAGAAAGGACGUUGCCUACCUACUAAAGAAGGGAUAUCUCAAGGAGCUCAUGACAGAUAGGUCCAAAGCCCCAAACAGAGAAAGAGUCUCCAAUCAAGGUGGCCCCCCACCUCCUCCUCCAAUUGUCAAGACUAUUUGUUUCAUAUCUAGAGGGUCAGAAGUGUGCGGCCUGACGUACUCAAAAGCGAAGUGCCAUGCCAAAGAAAGCAACAUAGACAAGCCAGCAAAGAAAGCACAAGAAAAAAUUGAUAUUCCAAUCAUGUUUGAAGAAAGUGAUGCAGUAGAAGGGCACCAUGAUGGCCUAGUAAUUUCGCUCCCAGUUGGAAAUUGCUUGAUCAAGAAGAUCUUAGUUAACAACGGAAGUUCAGCAAACAUCAUUAUGCUCGAUAUAGUGUAA